AUGUGGCUGCAGAAUUUACUUUUCCUGGGCAUUGUGGUCUACAGCUUCUCAGCACCCACUCGCUCACCCAUCCCUGUCACCCGGCCUUGGAAGCAUGUAGAGGCCAUCAAAGAAGCCCUGAGCCUCCUGAAUGAUACGCCUGUUACAGUGAAUGAAGAGGUAGAAGUCGUCUCUAAUGAGUUCUCUGCCAAGAAGCUAACAUGUAUGCAGACCCGCCUGAAGGUAUACGAGCAGGGUCUACGGGGCAAUUUCACCAAACUCAAGGGUGCCUUGAACAUGACAGCCAGCUACUUCAAGACGUACUGCCCCCCAACCCCGGAAGAUGACUGUGAAAUACAAGUCAUCACAUUUAAGGAUUUCAUAGACAACCUUAAAAACUUUCUGAUUGAUAUCCCCUUUGAAUGCUGAAAACCAGUCCAAAAAUGAGGAGGCCCAGGCCAGCUCUGCAUCCAGCUUCUCAGACUGCUACUUUUGUGCCUGCGUAAUGAGCCAGGAACUCAGGAUUUCUGCCUUAAAGGGACCAAGAGAUGGAGCACAGCCACAGUGGGGGGCAGUAUAGCCCUCUGAAAAUGGUGACUCAGACCGGACAGCUGAAAACAAACAAGAGAUAAU